GAAAACUGAAGUUUUUAAGUUGUUAACUCAAGCAGCUACCGUGACACCUAACGCGUGAGUGAGGGGGGAGUUUCUGAGUGAGGAAGUGCAGAGGCCAGACCGCUGGUCCUCUCAGUCGUCAGUGAGACAGGAUGCAGUUAACACCGUUCUGCCUGGUGCUGUCCUGUCUUCAGGUCAGCCCUGACAGGUCUCAGUUUGUCCGGUACAACUCCGUCACCCUGCACUGCGGGGAUCCGCUCAACUCCACCGGCUGGAAGGUGAAGAGGAAAACGCCAGAGGGCGGGGUCCGACCCUGCGCCUCCGGCUGGGGCACCGCCACCUCGAGCUCCACCUGCAUCAUCAAAAACACCUACCCAUCAGACACCGGGACGUACUGGUGCGAGUCUGCGGGUGGGGAGCGGAGCAACGGCGUCAACAUCACCAUCACCGAUCGCACUGUGCUCCUGGAGAGUCCCGGCCUCCCUGUGUCGGCGGGCACUGCUGUGACUCUGCGCUGUAUAGCAGACACACCCUCUCCCAAACACACGUAUGAUUUCCGUAAAGAUGGCCGCGUCAUCGGCAACAGCUCUACAGGAGAGAUGACCCUCCAAAGUGUUUCCAAAUCUGAUGAAGGACUCUACGUAUGCAGCAUCCCUGAAUAUGGAGAGUCACUAGGCAACUGGAUGGCUGUUGAAGGUUCCCCUCUGCCUUCGUCUUCAGCUCCGCCUGCAGCUUCCUGUUCAGUUUCUUUCUCCAGGGUGAUGUUUCACUUGCUGGUGGGAACUCCUUACGUGGUGUCCACCAUCUUACUGGGACUCAUAUACAGAGACAGGAACAGAGCAGCUCGGGCGGUUGCAGGGAGAAGAGGCAGCAACGAUGUCAUCAUGGAAAUAGUCGUGUAGUCCUACAAACUGGUAAAAGUGUCAAAGAAACUCAGCAUCACAUGUACCACGGGAGAUCCCCUUUACCUCCAGCGUUCAGUCGUAUUAUCUGACUACAUAUAAAUUAUGUUUUGAUGUGUUGUUUUCUUUCAAAUCCAAGCUAGAGUUCUUUAAAUCUAAAGACUGAUCUGCAACAUCAACCUUACUUUAUCUGAACUAAUUGAGAAAUAUAAUAAAGUACUUACAAACUCAGAUGCAAAUAAAGAACAUUUCAGGAA